AUGAUAUUUAAUGAUGCCAUCAUAAUAUUGAACGACGCCAUCAUAAUAUUGAACGACGCCAUCAUAAUAUUGAAUGACGCCAUCAUGAUAUUGAAUAAUGCCAUGAUGAUAUUGAAUGAUGCCAUCAUAAUAUUGAACGACGCCAUCAUGAUAUUGAAUAAUGCCAUGAUGAUAUUGAACGAUACCAUCAUGAUCUUGAAUGAUGCCAUCAUAAUAUUGAACGAUGCCAUCAUAAUAUUGAACGACGCCAUCAUGAUAUUGAAUAAUGCCAUGAUGAUAUUGAACGAUGCCAUCAUGAUAUUGAAUGAUGCCAUCAUAAUAUUGAAUGAUGCCAUCAUAAUAUUAAACGACGCCAUUAUGAUAUUGAAUAAUGCCAUGAUGAUAUUGAACGAUGCCAUCAUUAUAUUGAACGAUGCCAUCAUGAUAUUGAACGAUGCCAUCAUGAUAUUAAAUGAUACCAUCAUGAUAUUGAAUGAUGCCAUCAUGAUAUUGAAUGAUGCCAUCAUGAUAUUGAACGAUGACAUCAUGAUAUUGAACGAUGGCAUCAUGAUAUUGAACGAUGCCAUCAUGAUAUUGAACGAUGCCAUCUUGAUAUUGAAUGAUGUCAUCAUGAUAUUGAAUGAUGACGUCAUAAUAUUGAACGAUGACGUCAUGAUAUUGAACGAUGCCAUCAUGAUAUUGAACGAUGCCAUCAUGAUAUUGAAUGAUGCCAUCAUGAUAUUGAACGAUGACAUCAUGAUAUUGAAUGAUGCCAUCAUGAUAUUGAACGAUGACGUCAUGAUAUUGAAUGAUGCCAUCAUGAUAUUGAAUGAUGCCAUCAUGAUAUUGAACGAUGCCAUUAUGAUAUUGAACGAUGCCAUCAUGAUAUUGAACGAUGCCAUCAUGAUAUCGAACGGUGCCAUCAUGAUAUUGAAUGAUGCCAUCAUGAUAUUGUAUGAUGCCAUCAUGAUAUUGAACGAUGACGUCAUGAUAUUGAACGAUGCCAUCAUGAUAUUGAAUGAUGCCAUCAUGAUAUUGAACGAUGACGUCAUUAGGUUUGGGGUUUAG